GGGCCUUAUGUACAAAGGUACAUACUCUUCGGCCAGUCUACAGUAGUCCUGCUUUCACCAUGCUUCAACUAUAACGUAUACAGUCCAUUGGGAUAUUGCCCUUGAGAAUCCGCUGUUCUCGGGAACCUGCUGCGCAUAAGAGCCCUUGCCCAAAGCCCUGUCGUUUUCCAGCUACGUGGAUGACUGCAUGACCGCGAGCACCCUCAACGCUUCCGUAGUGGACGCCGUGCGUCGCAGUUUGUCGCGGUCUGGGCUUACAGCUUGCUCAUCGGCUUCUUUGCUCCCAACAAACCAGCAGGGAUGUCGAACGUUGCCGUGGAGCACCCUCGGGCUUUCCCGACCACAGUCGGCUUCCGUGUCCAAGGCGGGUUUGAGCUGCCGAUGCAGCACGCUCCGCCAUCGACGCCUGCCCAUGUGGUCGUCCCCAGCAGUUCCAGCUCGUUCAUGACGCCGUCGCAGCAGCAGCCAAAGCUGUCGUCAAUCCCUCCUCAUCCUGCAGAGGGGGUCGACGCUCAUCAUGGCCUGCUGCUGCAGCGCGCUUCCGUAACCCCCCACGUGUCGUUUGGCAGCGGCUUUGCGUCCAGCGCCCCGUCGCACAAGCUUGCUGGCGUGUCGGCUGAGCUUGUGAGCGCCCUUUCCACCGGUCCUUCGGAAAUCCCGGCAUCGGUGGGCUGGAAGGGGCUUCUGGAGUUCAGCGAGACGAGCGGCUGCAGUGGCGUGCUUGGACCGAAGACCGCGUCUGAGGACCUCGACAGCAUAUUCAACCGUGAUUGCAAGAUUGAAGUUUGCUGCACCGCUCAUACUUCCCCAUCCGUCCGCCGCUUGAUCAAGUCUGUUAUCCGGGGCAUCCGCGCAUGCCAGGAGCCCGACAAGGCGGUUGACGGCAUGGGUGGUACUUAUUUCUUCUCAAAUGAUGCCGGCAAGAAGGCUGCUAUCCUUAAGCCCUGCGACGAGGAGCCGCUGGCCCCGAACAACCCCAAGGGCUACGUCGGCCGCCAGCUGGGCGACCCCGGCUGGAAGCCGACUGUGCGCGUGGGCGAGGCUGCCAUCCGUGAGGUUGCGGCCUAUCUGCUGGACCACGAUGGCUGGGCGCGUGUGCCGACUAGCGUUCUGGUGCGCGCGCGCCACCCGAUCUUCUGCUACCAGUCCAAUAGCACAUCCACGCACACGGCCAACGGGGCUUCCACUGCCAAUACGGCCGCCGUUAGCGUCAGCCGCACGACAAGCCAAGGAAACCUGGAGCUCGCUGCUGAUGCUGGCGACACCUGCGCCUCGCCGGCCUCGUCGGCGAGCCCGCUGCCCAUGAAGCUUGGCUCCCUGCAAGAGUUCGUGACCCAUGAAUGCGACACUAGCGAGAUGGGACCGGGCCGCUUUAGCGCCCGCGAUGUGCACCGCAUCGGCAUUUUGGACGUGCGCCUGUUCAACACCGACCGGCACGCUGGCAACAUGCUCGUGCGCACUCCGCGCACCGCGUCUGCCUCCACCGCGGACCUCAAGAGCCGCAUGGUUUCGUCUGAUGCUCCCUACGAGCUCAUUCCAAUUGACCACGGCUUCUGCCUGCCGGAGACGUUGGAGGCGCCGUACUUCGAGUGGCUUCACUGGCCGCAGACAAUGCUGCCGUUUAGCGACGAGGAGCUGCAGUACAUUAGGGAUCUGGAUAUUGAGCGUGACAAGAACAUUCUGCGCCAGGAGCUGCCCAUGCUCCGCCCCGAGUGCCUUCGCGUGCUGGAGGUUUGCACCACGCUGCUCAAGACCUGCGCCGCGGAGGGCCUGACCCUUUUCGACAUCGCGAGUGUAAUGACCCGUCCCUUCCUGGAUUCUGACGAGGAGCCGAGUGAGCUGGAGCGCAUGUGUGCCUACGCACGCCAGUGCGUCGAGUAUACCCAAGAAAUGAAGCAGUGUGGCGAGAGCGAGGUUGAUGAGAUUUGCGAGAGCGGCUCGGAGGCAGCGGCCGAAGAGCUGCUGCUGGAGGAGGAGGAGCUCAUGAACGAGGCACCGGAGGGCAUCUGCGCGCUGCAGCUGCGGGGCACCACGAUUACGAGCAUUAAGGAGGAGGGCGAGGACAUGCUGUUUGAGCUGGAUGUUGACUCUGGCACAGGCGUCCCGUUCAAGACCAAGCGCCAGGCUGCUGCCGCUGGCAACGGCGUCGGCGUUCACGACCCGGUCGUGUCCAGCCCUGACUACUCGCCAUGCUCCAGCCUGUCGAGCCUUCCUCCGACGGAAUCCGUGGCAUCGUCGGGCAUGCUGAACGGCUACACAGCCGAGGGCGCCAGCAACAGCCCCGUCCCUGCGCUGGCUUGCAGCUCCAUGGCGAUCAGCAACGGCGUCGACCGUCCGGCCCCCAUGGCGAGCUCUGUGCACGUGACUGACGGCUUUCUGUGGCGCAAGCUCAAGAGCCAGCAGGCCGCCAAGCGCGCCACUGCGGGCAAGGGCGGCGCGUUGACCUGCCCCAAGGGAGGCCGCAUUGCGCCGCAGGUGUACCCCCCGCCGGUUGCGGCGUUCAGCCCAGAGCGCAUGAGUGCAUGCUUUAGCGGCAUGACGGAGGACCAGUGGGCGCAGUUCAUGGAUGUCGUACGGGACCAAAUCAAGGCCGCGCUGCAGUCGGGCCGCUGGCGGCAGUCCGCCAUCGACAUUGCCAGUUGCAUGGCAAUGUCCUGCCCGCGCUUCUAAGCGGCAUUCUUGUAUCAUUGCCGUUCGGUCUUAGGGAGGCGUCCCGACGCUCCAUGCCUAACCAAAGGCGCGCGCUGGCCCCGAAUGGUGUCAUGCAGCUAGUAUUAUUAGGAUUGCGCCCCGAAGACUGGUUCGCGGCAAAGUGUGGGGUACAUGACGUGGUGGCUGGAAUGCUGUUUGGGUCUCUUUACAGGUUUAGGGAUGCAAAUAGACAGUGCUUUUGCCGUGAGGCAAGCAAGCAUUGCGAUGGGGCUCGCGCGCCUUCACGCCUAGUACAGAUCUGGUAUCCAGGUUUUGGUAAAUUUUCCGUGUACGUAAUGUAGAGCAGGCUUUGCCAAGGGUGUGCCUUGCAUGCCGAGCGCUGUCGCAGCAUUGGGAGUGUACUCUUGAGCAUAUGUGUCGCUCCUGUUGUCAGGACAAGUCAUUAUGUGCAGAUGAGGGUGAGUGUGAGCGAGGGGUUUAGGGGUAGAUCUUGACUGGGCCUUGAAGCCUCCGUGAUGUGAUGCAAUGUAGCAACAGUAGUGCCACAAGUAUGGUUGUCUUAGGACGCUGCAACAGCAUAUUGUACUUCAAACAGAGGGCUGCCCUCGGCUAACCUGCAGAGUUCUGGAUUCUGUCUUGGCAGUGGCGGGCAACGACGAGCAGGUGGGAAGGCCAGUACGAUGUCGGGCAUACUGCGUGGCGGCAGCACCGCUCCAGAAAUGUAUGCUUGCGUGGUGCUUCUGAUGUUUUGGGAUCUAAACGCGUUGCGGUUGCGUUUGGUUGAAAUCAUGACGUCGUUUUGUCGUCGUGUUGGUGGUGGUAGGCUACCUGCGAUAAUGCUGCACAUUGCGCCCGACUAGAGCCUGUUUGGUGGGUGGGCUAGUCAAGAAUAAGCCCUGUAGUCCGUGGCACACAAGCCACGGUCUUGUGGUUGUGUUGGCGGCUUGCCCGCCCAUCGCGCAUCGCAUGCUUAGCAGCACACAUAUGAAAACGAUGCCGUGGGUGUGGCAGGUAAUUGUUGGGCUCCUGAAUGCAGUUGCCCGGUGGUCUCAAGGAAACUCAAUCCCGUCUAGUCGAUCCCGCCUGUAGUGGCGUGAGCGUGGUCUGUUUUGCGGCAGGGUGUAUACGUUGCUUGGACAUGGUGGGGUAGUAAGCGUGUGCGUUCUGGGUCGUUUAAUAUCUGGCAUGCAUUUAGGUAUGGGUUUACCAGCAAAUUCUGCAGGGGAUAAUCCCUGGGCGCCUUCGCUGGUAGGUUUGUAUCCGUUGAUGUCGUCUUUGUUCGCGGCGUUUCGCUGGUCCGUUAUAUGUUGCACGCCUUGACAAUCCGAAGUAAUGGUUUGUCGUUGUGUGUGAUGUUCGUGUCAGUUUGUGAUGUCGCAUUGUUCGGUGUUCCCGUCGACAUGUACAUUGCGGAUGGAAGCCGGAAAAUUGGCAAAGAAGGUGCGCACGACAGGACAUUCUUCCCAGUUCGCUUCGCGGUGUAUAAUAGCUCUUCCGUACAGGAGAUGUGCUACGUUUGAAAGUGCGCUAGGUACUUUCCCUGUUUGAUCAAUAUCAAUUUCUUUGGAUCUCACCGUACAUCAUGGUUGUAAGUAAAGUCAAGCUUUUA